AUGGGUUUUUCAGCGACAGCGCGCCUCGUGGCGCACGGUCAGCGCUGCCGUGUGUUUCGUAAGUUUCGCGGCCAACCUCCUAAGCGUUUCGAUUGGAUAAAGAAUCAUCUAGACCGUCUGUUGCGUCAUGGUCGCGUCGAGGUGACCCUUCCGCGCGCGAAAGAGCUGCAGCAGUAUGCUGAAGAGGUGGUAUUUCAUGCCAAAAAAGACACUCCGGAAUCUGACCUUGUGGUUGAGAGUAUGUUACGUACCCCUGAAGCCAGGCACGAGCUGUAUGAGCGCUAUGUGCCGCUUUACGCUAACCGUCCCUUUUUCUGUACAAGAGUGGUAAACCAAUGGCGGCUAAGGUUUGCUGAUGCCGCUCCUAUGGCAUAUUUAGAGUUUGUCGACCGUCCCGGUGAAAUUCGCCCGGCGAAGCCUGUUGGAAACAAAAAGUUGCUUCAUGUACACGCGUUAAUGCAAAGAUCGCGUCGUGAUUAUCGCAAGUACUACAGUUUUGCCAAGAGCCAUGGCAUGCUAGAUAGCGAUGGUAACCUGCUAUCAGAUAUCAGCCAUUUGGCUGAUGAUAGAGAAGUUCCGUGGCAUGAAAAGACCGAAACUGUUUCUACUAUCAACCCUCAAUGGUACGAUCACCCGGAGAUGCGCGAGCGAUUACAACGCAUACAAACUGUUGAUCUUCGCGGUGAACGUGCUGUGGAGGUAAUAGAUUCGCCAUAUGUAGAGGGACCCGAGCGUCGCGUUCCGACGAGCAAUCCAGAUCUAAGUUCAUAUGUGCGUCGUCCGCGAUUCAACCCAUAA